AAGGAUGCUGAGAAGUCAAUGUCCAUCUUGAACAUGUCUUCAUCCCCUGGAAGCAGUGGAAUGCACACCUCUUGGAACCAUAGUCCAUUAGGCAUUCAACACAUCCCUCAGUGCACAGAGCUGCAGAGGAUCCCAUUGGCUUCUGCUGAGGCACCCAGGCAGAAUGCCAGUGAAAUGGGGCCACAGUUCAGUAUGGCACUGCCUGACCACUGUGUGAGCUACUGCCCCCAGCUGACUUUCACCCCUGCCCAGAUGACUUUCACUCAAGGAAUGUCUCCUUCGCAGCCAGGAAUGAUGAUUUUCAAGGAACCCCAGGUGAUGCCCUUAGAAGAGCCCAAUAUUCCAGGGAUGGCCAUGACCUUUGGUGGGAAUCUAAGGAUGCCCCUCAGUGGGCCACCAACCUCACCUCCCAGUGGAAUCCCAAUGAUGUCCCACAUCAGAAUGCGAACAAUGUCAUAUCCUGGCCUCCCAUCAGUAGCUUCUAACAGAGACCCUUUACCACCUAAAACAUUAUUAAAUCCAACCGUGUCUUCCACUGAGGCCCAAGCAACGCUCCCUUCUAUAGCUCAGAUGUUGCCUCCUAGACAGCCCCACAACUUUGGGAUGCCCCCAGAUGGAUCUCCAUUAUUGCUGGCUUUGGAAUCCCAGGGCUCCUUUGUGAACCAGCCAGUCUCCCAGGAAGACCCCUUCCUACCUAGGCAGCCCAUACCUGCUCAGCAAAGAGCAGAGCAGCAGUACUCCGGGACCCAGGAAAAGGCUCCCAGACGGAGAUCCCCAGUUUCAAGGCCUUACCGCUGCGACUAUGAGAACUGUGAAAAAGCUUACACUAAGCGCUCCCACCUCGUGAGUCACCAACGCAAACACACAGGUGAACGACCCUAUAAAUGCACGUGGGAAGCCUGUACCUGGUCCUUCUUCCGUUCUGAUGAACUUGGAAGACAUACUCGGAUACACACCAAACAUCGACCACAUAAAUGUGACCAGUGUGGCCGACAGUUCAUGAGAUCUGACCAUCUCAGGCAACACCGAAGGACUCAUAUACGGAUGCCAAGAUCUCCAGACCCACCGGCUGACAAUGGAUGUAUGGCUGGUCCUCCUCCUACUCCUGGUCUUUAGGUCAAUCUGCUCAUCCCCUCAUUUUGGCUUCUCCAUCCAGAUCCUGUGUGCCUCUGACCAGCUAGUCUCUUUGGUGGAUGUAGGCUUUGAUGAAGACACUAAGAUUAUGAGGCAAUGGUGAAGGUCAUAUGAGCUCUGGACCCAGUCAGGGCUCCUCAGAAACUGUGUUGGAUGUCCUCACAUCUCUGGGGCCACCUACUUGUGCCAAGUUCAGCCACAUGAGAAGAUGGAGCACAGUGAAAAAUGGGAGCUUUAUUCAAAAGCUCUUUAUCUUAUGUCACUCCCAGCUUGAAACCCUUUAGAGACUCUCCUUUGCCUGCAACACAAAAUCCAAGUUCCUUAUCUUGGUCUUUGACAGUUUCCAGAGCCAGACUAUGUUCAAAUCCUGAAUUUACCACUUACUAGCCAUGUGACCUUGGGAAUGGUUUUUGCCCAUUGUGUCAGGUUUCCUCUUCUGAUAAAUGAGAAAAACAGUAUCAUGCUGUGUGAACACGUCUUAUGUACAAUGUCAGAUGCUCUCUGGCACUCACUAGCCACAUGUCCAGUUUGUCUCUUCUCAUCAUUUCCAGACUUGGAUGAAAUGCUCCCCACAGAACAUGGGAUCUGACAUCUCAAGUAGCCACGAGCAACCAAGGAGUGUAGAAGAGCUAAUGUUCCAGGCGUAGGGUUUGACUACUGGGAGUUGGGAGAAAUCCCGGCAGAUAAAUUCCCUCUUCUUCUCUCCCUUCCCUGAACUGGUGCAAGAUUUCUCCCAGUAGGGAGACCACUUCUCCCAGUGGGGAGACCUCCCAGGUACCAGUGCGCACAGCUCUGUGCCUCUUCCAGGCUUGUCAUGAAGCAGACUCAGUGUGCUGUCACCUUGCAUUACCUCCCAUUCUUCCUUACCUUGUGUCCCUUUUCUUAUCCUCAAUGCCCUGGGUUUUUGUCACCCAAAUAAAACAUUGAUACUUA